AUGAAUAAAGAAUUAUUAAUCUAUAUUGGAUCUCAGUUAUCACAUGUACGCAUAUAUCCAUUAUUUGAUAUGUGUCAUUAUUUAUUAACUGCUUUACAAGUACGAGAUGAUAUACAACAAUAUCAAACAGCCACACAAAAUUUUACACGUCGUCAUCCAUUAUCAUGUUGGAUAUCAACAAUGUUACUCUGUUUUUCCGGUUCCAUUAUAACGAAUUUAUUACUUGGUGAAAGUCCAUUAAAAGAUUUUAUUCACCAUCAACAUCUUCUAUUAGCUACAGUCUGCUGGUAUUCUGUAUUUUACUUCCCAUUUGAUUUUAUUAAUUAUCUAUUACGAUUUAUACCUAUUCGUCUUGUUAUGGGUGUUGGAAAAGAAAUUCAACGAACAAAAAAAAUUUAUGAUGGUGUUCGUUUAACUUUAAUUUUAUAUCCUGAUAGUUAUAUUAUUGUUGUACUCAUUGGAGCUAUUAGAGAUCAUGCUGAUGGUGUACCAAUUCAUAUAUCAGCUGGCACAUCAGCUCUUGCCUAUAGUCUUGUAUUUGGUAAACGUCAAACACUUACGAAUGCGCAACAAAAUAAACCACAUAAUAUAAAUAAUUUAUUUAUUGGUACGCUAUUGACCUGUAUAUGUGUCUAUUUUGGACGAAAGGUUAAGAAACUUUUUCAAAUCGAUGAUGCUUUUGAUAUUUUUGCACAACAUGGAAUUGGAGGUUUUACUGGCUGUAUAUUAACAGGUAUAUUUGCACAAAAAUCUAUUCCAGAACUUGAUCUAGUUAGUAUUCGUGGUGGAUGGUUAGAUGGUUAUUGGAUGCAAGUUAUUUAUCAACUAGCUUUUGCGUCGGCUGGUUUUGUUUGGAGUUUUGUUGUUACUUUAAUUAUUUUAUUGGUUAUGAAUAAUAUUCCUGGUUUAUCAUUGCGUACAGCACUAAAAGAUGAAAUAGAAGGAAUUAAUUAUGAUCAAUUCAAUGAAUAUACACACGAUUAUAUUGAAUUACAACGAGAUCUUAAUCCGACAUUAUAUUCAAAACAAUCACCGGCCAAUAGACUAGUAAUAGAAAAAAGAACUGACCUCAUGCAUGUAACACAACAACAAAAUGAUACCAGACUUGGAAAACUUAAACCUAUUUCUGUGAUCACUAAUGCAUGGUGA